GCACCAUGGCGGCGUGGCGGCUGUGGCGCGGCUACCAGAGGCUCCUGGCCCGGCACCCCUGGAAGGUGCAGAUCCUCACGGCCGGGACCCUGGUGGGUGCCGGAGACGUGAUCUCUCAGCAGCUGGUGGAGAGGAGGGGGCUGGCCAGGCACAGCACCCGGCGGACUCUCAAGAUGACAGCUGUCGGCUUCUGCUUUGUGGGCCCAGUCAUUGGAGGCUGGUACCAGGUUCUGGAUCGUCUAGUGCCGGGCGGGACCAGGCUGGCUGCACUCCAGAAGAUGCUGCUGGAUCAGGGAGGCUUUGCCCCCUGCUUCCUUGGCUGUUUUCUGUCUGCGGUGGGAGCUCUCAACGGUUUGUCCGUGGAAGAGAACUGGAGCAAGAUAAAGCGGGACUACCCUGACGCCCUGAUCACCAACUACUACAUCUGGCCAGCGGUGCAAAUGGCAAACUUCUACUUCGUCCCCUUGAACCACAGGCUGGCCGUGGUCCAGUGCGUUGCCAUCGUCUGGAACUCCUACCUCUCCUGGAAGGCCAACCGGCAGUGAGGCAGCACAGCGUCUUGCCAGCUCCCUUUGCCCCCCGCCCCCCACCCACAGCGCACACACCUAGAGCUGGGGCCUGGGUGCCCCCUCCAGCAAGGGCCUGGCUCCUCAUCCCUCGUGGUGGCCUGGAGCUGGGCCUAUGCCCAGGCACUGAGCUGGGGCUGGACAACCACCCUUCUGCCCUGGACACUCCACCCCAGUGGGGUGGGGGCUGCAGCAGCUUUAUAAGAAAAUGCAGGUGUGUCCGUGGCAUGUUUUGGGGGCCAACGCAUCACAGUCCUUGUGUGUGUCAGUCGGAGACCCUGGGAGUCCCGGCCCACGGCCUCCGUGCGCUUCCCAGCGCUGCUGGCUUUCAGAAAGGAUUUGGCGAGCCGUGGCAGUGAGCAGCUCCCUGAAGCCUCCCUGUGAAGAGGCAGGCUACCUCUGCAUCCCUGUUGCCAGAAGAAAUGGGAGAAGUGAACCGUUGCCCCCCCAAGAGGCACCUGCAAGGCCACCAGGGAACAGGAUGCUGAGCGGCGACGUGGCCCCCACCUGGGCCUGGUGCGGCAGGGGACGCUUCCUGUGCCGUGAUCUGCUGCGUGGAAUGAAUCCAUUGUGGUCAUGAGUGGCUUCCAGGGUUGCUCUGAACGCAGGGGCCUGCUUUGCUCGUGGGGUGGCGCUGGGUCUGUGGAGCCCUGAAGCGGAAGGGACAGGAACGGUGCCUCGGCCCCAGCACGCCACGGACAGCACUGACGCAGGGCUUGAGAGCAUUUGAUGGGGGUGUAACACUCAUGGCCAUCCAAUGGCAAGUGAAAGGCAACCCUCAGUGUACACUUCAAUAAAUAGAACUCACUGGC